AUGACAGAACCAAAGAUUUCUGCCAGUAAACUUAUAGCAUUCAGCAGGGAAAAUCAAGAAUCUUAUCGACCCUUGCUUUCUAAAUACUUAGCGGAAAAAGACGGAAAAAAUCUUGAACCGUUUACCCUUUUAUGGUACGACCCAUGUGAGAAUAACAAUCAACAAAUCCAACAUGAAUUACGCCAUUCGAUCAAUUAUAUGAAAAUAUUUCAAGAUCGCAAGGAAUGCAAAGCUUAUAUAGAACAGACUACAACUGAGAAAAUCAAAGCUAUAUUGACUAAUCCAACGGACUUAGUGAAAAAGAUUGAUAUUGAUCAGAAAAAACGACAAGAAGUGGAAGAUUCAAUAGGGAGUAUUGGUAGCUUUUAUAAUCCAGAGGGUCCAUCAACUAAAGCUCUUGAAAAUGAAAAUGGAGAUUUCAUGUGGUUUCAAUUAUUUAUCGAAAGUUUACUUCGAAUGUCUAAGGAAGCUCUUCGUCCAUCGCGGCACGAAUUUAUUGAAUUUAUUCGUCAACAAUAUCGUGAUGAUGCUGCUAAGCUUCGUACUGUCGAUGAUCUUGAAUCAAAUUACCAAGCAAAUCAAGCAAUACGAUGGUAUACUGGAGGCUCGUUUCUUCAUAGUAUCUUGAACAAAGCGUUUCGCCAACAAGAUUAUGUAUUUCUCUUUACACUUCGCUUUUUCAUUCAUGAUCUAUUUUACUCUUUGGUGGAACGAAAGCAAUUUGAUCAAACGAUUAUCACUCUUUAUCGUGGUCAAGCUAUGAAUGCCGAAGAAUUAAAUAAUCUAAUUAAAAAUCAGGGCAAUUUCAUCUCUAUGAACAGUUUUUUAUCGACAAGUCGAGAUCGAUCAGUAGCACGCUUUUACGCAGAAACGAACGCUAUUUCAAAUAAUGUUAAAUGUCGUCCAGUUGUCUUUGAGAUCGAAGUUAAUACGACGCGCGCUGAUAUCAAACCCUUUGCUGAUGUUAGAUGGGAUAGCCAGUUUUCGGAUGAAGAUGAAGUAUUGUUCAUGGCCGGAUCAAUCUUUCGCAUUGUUACUGUUCAAAAUGACUUCGAAGAUGAUCGUUUUUGGUUGAUCAAAUUGGUCUUGUGUGGUGAAGAGGACAAUCAAUUAAAGGAACUUUUCAAAUACUUGAAGGCCCAAUUAGAUGACGAAACUGAUAUGGGAUCUGUAGGAAAAGUUUUACUCGAUAUGGGCAAAAACGAACAAUCGGGCAUAGCUUUUGAAAUUGAUAGACAACAUACGAUAGUUCGAACUAAUGGUGAGUUUGGUCGUCCAUUAGAAGGAUACACUCCAGGAAUGUAUUAUCCUGAAAUUUUGCAAGAAGCACAAGAAUUAGCAGAAAAAUUGAGCGCAACCAAUGAUGAUCGAAGACUACUUGCAGGUUAUUACAAUGUUAUAGGUUCGAUCUAUAAAGAUUAUCAACAAUAUGAUAAUGCACUUGAAAACUAUUCAAAAGGACUCGACGUUCUGCUGAAAUUUUAUCAUCAGGAUGAUCUUGAGAUUGCAAUGUUUCAUGAAUUUAUCAGUCAGACCUACGAAAAGCAAGACAAAAUUCAAUUGGCAAUAGAUUCAUCAAAAGAAUGUCUUCGAAUCAGGCAAAAACUUUUACCAGAAUCACAUCCAACCAUUGCGGAAACAUUUCAUAAUUUAGGAGAAUUGUAUAAUGCUAUGGAUGACUUCGACAAAGCACUUGACAUGUAUGAAAAGGCACUAAAAAUGAAAUUGCUCUCUUCAUCAUUGAAUCACCCGUCUACUGCAACAACUCAUCAAUCGAUCGGUUGGGUUUAUGAGCAAAUCAAUGAAUUUCUUCUAGCAUUGAAAAAUUAUACUGCUGCUUUUGAAAUUCUACGAGUACCAUGUCCAUCAAAUGACGAAUCAUUGCUUCAACUUCAAGAAAAUAUUGACAAUAUGAAACGAGCAAUAGCUGCAAGUUCUGAUAGUCAUUCGGGUUAA